CCGAGCGGCUCGAUGAGCGGGGGUGCAGCUGCGGCGGAGCGGCAGGCGCCGGGUCCGCGCCUACUGUCUUCCGCCUCCCCGCUUUCUUCCUCCGCUUCCCACUCCUUCCUCCGCCCGCCCAGUCCUGCCCGCCCCGGAGAGCUGCCCGGAGCUCCCCGGGAGACUCAGGUUUUGUGAAUAACAUCUCCAGGCUGUGUCCAUCCAAGUCACUUAUUUCCGUGAAACUGCACCAACCAAGACUGCUGAUGAGAGAUGAGGAAGAGGAGUCAGAAAGGGAACGCAGGCUGGGAAAAGGGAAGCCUCUGCCCAGAUUCAAGCUUUUUGUGAAAUGAAAUACUAGGGGGGUUGGUGUGCUUGUUGUUUGCAUAAAGCAAAAAAGAAGCCAACAUUUGCUAAACAACAGGUGGUGAAGACUUAUUCUGCUGAGAAGUAGAAGAGUACUUCUUCACUAAAAAAGAUGCCUCCCAAGUUCAAGCGCCACCUAAAUGAUGAUGAUGUCACUGGUUCUGUGAAAAGUGAAAGGAGAAAUCUUUUGGAAGAUGAUUCAGAUGAAGAAGAGGACUUUUUUCUAAGGGGACCAUCUGGACCAAGAUUUGGACCUAGAAAUGAAAAAAUUAAGCAUGUUCAGAACCAGGUGGAUGAAGUCAUUGAUGUCAUGCAAGAAAAUAUUACAAAGGUAAUAGAAAGAGGGGAGAGACUAGAUGAACUACAGGACAAAUCAGAAAGCCUGUCGGAUAAUGCAACUGCUUUUAGCAACAGAUCCAAACAACUUCGAAGGCAAAUGUGGUGGCGUGGAUGCAAAAUAAAAGCCAUCAUGGCUUUGGUUGCUGUUAUCGUUUUGUUAGUGAUUAUCAUUCUUAUAGUUGUGAAAUACCGUACUUGAUUUGAUGACAGAUCUUCAUUAAACAAAAUCUGGGACAAUAAUAAUAAAAGAUUGCUGCAUAAUUUAAAUGAAACCCAUGUAUAUAACUUUCAAAGCUUCUUUUUCAAGAAAUUAAGAGGCAAGUAUCACUUCAAAUUGGAGCAUUGAGAAUGUCCCAUUAUCUUCUUCCCUUCCAACAAAGUGUGCUUUUAAUAAUUAUGUUUAAGGCGGGGCUGCCCUGGUGGCGCAGUGGUUGAGAGUCCGCCUGCCGAUGCAGGGGACACGGGUUCGUGCCCCGGUCUGGGAGGAUCCCACAUGCCGCGGAGCAGCUGGGCCCGUGAGCCAUGG